GGGAAUGGAACCUCAGAUUGUUAGGUAACCAGGCUGUAGUUGGUUUCUUUUUUGGUUUCUAUUUUUAUACUUGUAACGUUACGCGGUAAAAACAUGGAUGCCCUUCACAGACAUCGUUCUCUUUACAAAGGGACUACGCCACCGUGGAAAGAAACCUACAGGAAGCGUUGCGUAGAGAGGUUGAAAAACAGUCGCUCACGUUUAUUGGAGAGGUACCGGCAGAUGGGAGAGGCUCGGCACUGCGCGGGGAACGGUUCUUUCCUCGUCAAGGAGGUGAUGGAGGAGGAGUGGAGCGCGCUCCAGUCAGCCGACAGCAGACUGCCCUCCCUCUGGGGUAAAGAUGGCAUCGUGGAGAUGUACAGUGUCAUGCAGGACAGAGAUGAACUGUCGGUCCUCGAGGAGAUUCAGCAGGAGCUGGUGUCACAAGAACUGCUGAUUAUUGAGGAGUAUGAAAAAAGCAUGCAGUUUGAGGAGGGGUUCUUAAAUGCAGCGGUGGAAGGAAUGGAAGAGAACGGACAAAUUAUAUGUCCAAUUUGCCACAUGAACAAUCUGACAGUUAACAGCCAUUUUACUUCUUGCCAGUGUGGGUUAUACAUCAACACAAGGCACAGGAAUAUUACACCUGAAAAUCUGAGAUCACUCCUCGAGAGCAGAGUCACAGAGCACAUGGAAGAAUGUCUGCAAAAUCCAGUCUUCUCUAUGGCCAGCAACAUAGACGGGUUUUCAAAUCUAAUUAUCAGUUGCAAGGUGAGCGGACACUUUUACAAUAUUAUUUUUUUUUUAAGUUCAAUAGCCUCAAAUUAUAACCCUUGACUCAUUUAAAAAUGAUUCGAAGUGGAUUUGGAUGUAACAAAUGGCAUUCUUCCCCCCAGGUGUGUGA